GCGGGAGGCCGGGUUGCGAGAGGAGAUCAGAUGACGGUGGCGGCGGGCGUGGGGUACGCGCUCAUCGCGCUGGGCCCCGCCCUUUCCCUCUUCGCUGGCGUCGUCGCCAGGAAGCCAUUCCUCGUCCUCACCCUCCUCUCCAGCAUUCACAUAAUUCACAUUGGCGCUAUAUACCAUUGGGACUUCACUUGAUAGUUCUGACACUACUGGAAACAUAAGAAGUGAUAAAGAAUGUUUUUUGGCACCAUUGCCGACUAAACUGCUGAGAAUGAAAAAUAUUUUUUUUUCUUGAUGACAUUGAUAUAAAUAUAGGUGAACUUUACUACAAAAAGAUUGGUUGUCAGUUUCUACCAAUGUUCUCAAACUUGGCAACUAGUACUCACUCGGUCACCUCAUCUUGUAGCAAAUAUAUGGGAAUUGGCCUUGUAUUUGGUCUUAUAACCAUUCUUUUCUUAAUUUUGAAUUGUACAUAUAUGUUCAUAUAGUAUCAAAACGGACACUUAAUGCAUCCCUUUGUGUAUAGGCUUGUAAAAAAAUGCAUCUUUCAAAUGUCACCAUUGAUUGCUUGAAGGAUGCAAAAGAAAUGGUGAUUUAUCAUGAAACUUGAAAUUGGCAUAUGAGGGCUCUAAAGAUCAAAACUAAGGAAAAAGUGAUGUCAUCAGUUAUGUAACUGUAAGUCAACAAGAAGGAUAUAAGCAAGAGCAAAUUUGACGUAUAGGAAGGACUAAAAGGUGCAUGUGUGUGUGGUGGACCUUGGGCCGAACCAAGAAGUGAGAACAAACUAGCUGCCUAGGAUUUAUGUGCAUCUAACCACCUUGUAACUGGUAACCGCUCGGUUAGGUCGAGUAAAAUUGUUAGCUAUUCGGCUUUGGUUACUUGUAACAGUUUAGGCCACCUGUUAUGAUUACUUAGCCAGUCAAACCUCUCUUAGAGCAUUUUCUGCUAUGUUGCUACCACAUAUGAGUAUCCUGACAUUAUACCUCUACAAGUAUUGAAUCUGUGUGUUCUCCAAUGGAAUGCAGUGUUAGAAAUUACCCCAGAGAACUCAGAGAUUAAAUUAAUGGAUGUAUCCAUUAUCUGGGAUCGGAGAACUUGGGGCAGGAGAAAUUGUUCUUAUUAUAAGGUGUAAACUGACAUACCUAAUUUACUAAUUAGUACUUGCUUCAUGGACUUUGCUCUAAGUCUUAUCUAUAUUUUUUUGGAAUAUGCAAUCCAGACAAAGUAGUGCGACCUUUAGAAAUACAUUCACAAUAUCUCAUUUUGCCCUUGAUUUGGAGAUGUAGAAUAUAGAAAGGCUCAGUGCUUGCUGGUAUCAGUGAAUGGUUUACAUUCUUAAUUGAACCAGAUAAAAAUGAGAAGCCUAUGGAAACCUUUGUAACUCCUUUUUUUAUUAGGGAGCAUUCUCUUGUACUUUAUAACUACUUUGUAUGAAUUUGGUUGACCUCCUUUCGUAUGAAAUUUCCGCCCAGCAGACAGAGUACUACGUAGGUGAAAAAGGAAACUCCUCAUAGAGAUAUCUGUUUGAUCACUUUCAAACAACAUGUAAGGGUUCGAGGUCAUCUGAAAGUAAAUGUUUCAAUCCUCAGCUAUUUUCUAUUAUCAGAACUGUAGUUCCAUAGUCCAAAACAGAGCAAUGUCAGGGAGUAGGGAUUGUACUUUUUAAUCAGGCGAGGCAUGUAGACUUAUUGGAGUUCUCUUUUAGCUUCAAGAUUAUUGUCUAAUUUGGGAAAUUUUUCUCCAUAUUCUUCUAAAAUUUUUAUGCUCGACUCUUCUUAAUUUGUUAAUUUUGAGUUAUAUGCUCGAUCCUCAAUAUGAGAAUGAGCAUUUUACAAAUUUAGCAAAGGAAACAAGAAACUGUCUUUCUCUGUAUGCACGUUGGCUUCAGGGCCUCAAUGACACUAGGCACCUUGUUUUGGCUUAUAAGUUUGAUAAUCCUCUCGGGAAUAUGGAGAGGAUUUCUUCCUAUAACAUCAGGAGCUUGGUGGCCAUAUGCAAUUCUGAUCCUUACAUCUGUUGCAUUGCAAGAAGGCACUCGUCUUGUGUUUUGGAGGCUAUACAAGAAACUGGAAGAGAUGCUAGAUUCCUUUGCAGACAGAAUUUCUAAGCCACGUCUCAGUUUGACAGACAAGAUGCUAAUUUCGUUAGCUGGUGGUUUAGGUCAUGGAGUGGCUCAUGCAGUAUUUUUCUGUCUCAGCCUUUUAACUCCGGCAUUUGGUAGAGCCACAUUUUAUGUUGAAAGGUGCUCAAAGAUGCCAUUUUUCCUUGCGUCAGCCCUUAUUGCACUUGGAUUCUUGGUCAUCCAUACGUUCUCAAUGAUUAUUGCUUUUAAUGCAUAUGAUGAGAGAAAGAAAAGUGACCAAAUCUUCGUCCCAAUUGUUCAUUUGACUGCUGCUGUAAUGACACUCGCUAACCUCGCCCCAGGAGGCUGUCUCAUUGGUACACCUCUGUUGUUGGUCAUGGCUGCGCUGACCCUGCUGUACUGCUGGCGAGUGGUGUGCCGGAGAUUAACUGAGCACCAUCAUCGCCAGCUUAGCAACUAAUUCUUUGCCAGUGAUCCUUACAUGGAAUUUCCCCAUGUGUGUUCUAAGCUGUUGUAAGGUUCAUGUACUUACCGGUCUAAUGCAGUAGCGAGCUUGGUUGCUGACCAUCCCUGGUAUUUUUCCCGACAUUUUUGGAUGUAAAGGUCCAGGAGAAAUAUGAGCUGUUCUGUUGUACGCUCUGUUAGGACUCAGGACACCAGCACUGUUUGGGAUGAGUAUAUAAAAUGACGCCUUCCAUACUGUCUUGUA